CAAUCAUCUUCGCCUCCUCCCGUCCUCCAAGUCUCUUUCUUUCCCCCCAAUAUGGCCGCUCCAGUACCAACCGGCACUCGCCACCAGAAGGUCCCACGCACAUCCUCACAUAGCGCGCCUACCGCGUCUGACCCCUACCACGGCAACGAGGCCCAUGCAAAGUUAUGCGCGCACUUCGUCUCUCACCUCUUCGCAUGUCCAGAGGUACCACCAGCCCCGGCGGCUCCCUCUUCGACACCCACUCCUCGACUAGACCAUUUCAUCGCCUACGCUCUCCACCGUACGCGUCUCCAUCCAUCCGUCACUUUCGCAGCGCUAUACCUACUCCAACGCCUCAAGGCGCGCUUUCCCGCUGCGAAGGGCUCAUCGGGCCAUCGGUUAUUCAUCUCCGCGUUCAUGAUCGCUUCCAAGAUCAUCUGCGACGACACCUACUCCAACAAGUCGUGGUGUAUCGUCGGCCAGGGCAUGUUCGCCCUUCGGGAGAUCAACCAGAUGGAGAGGGAGAUGUGUAGUUAUCUGGAGUGGCAGUUGAAUGUCGAGCCGAAGAUUUUGAAGGAGUUUGAAGACAAGGUCUGUCGAGACUUCGCCGGCCCUGGGCCUUAUCCUCCCAUCGUCCUGCCGCAACCCGCGCCUUCCCCCUUCGCCCACCCCGGUGCGAGUUCGUCGACGUCGAUACCUUCGUUUGGUCAUCGCACGUCGCCGCCCAAGCCGGUACCUGCCGCCAUCGCCGCCAACAACACCAUGUCCUCCCCAUCCCCGUCAAUACCAGAUACCCCAUCGUCUUCCCACUCGACUUCCACUUCCCCCGCAUCGUCGGCCUCGCCACCCACGCCACCAGACUCGCACGCUCCUUACGAUCAAGUCAAGAUCGUCGACGCGUCCGCGAACUCCUCGACGACCUCCCUCGUCCCCAGCGACGCGAUUAUCGCCGAUGCCGUCCACCAUCAACAUUAUUACCCUUCGAAACCGUCGAAGGCGUCCCCCACACCCGCGCCCGCGCCCCAAUCAUCGACCUCUUCGCAGUCGUCAAAAACCAAGGCCCGCGGGGACCAGUUCGCGUUCGCUACACGGACUGUGUGGUAGUUUUUAUUAUUCUCCAUGUUGUAUAUUCUCCUAUGUUUUCUUUUUUUUCUCUUGUUACAUAGUCCUGCUCUGGCUCUCGGCGACACCGAACACGUUACUAAUUGUAUGCAUUACACCCCAUAAUUAUGGACCUACGGUAUCUAUUCCCAUCGUCACCCUCACCCUCACGACAUCUCACGGGCGCUCGCAUGGUCUCUUUGGUGGCUGCAAGGGCCAAUGACAACUUAUUCGUUCGCGGGCUACGACGCUUAUUGGAUUCCUUCACUGCUUGCUUGGGUUUUCGUCCAUGCUCUCUCGCACGCUUUUUGUACAUUCCCCUUUUUACAUUUCUUUCACCCGCUGUUUUUGGGUGUUCGGGUCCACAGGUAUAUUUGCUUCUCGCUUCUGAUGCUCCGCGUUUUUUGUCCAGUUCAUCUUCACAGCAUGUCCCAUUUUUCCCCCUGUCCCUUGCAUCCAUCAUCAGCAUCUCUGCAUUGCAUGUUUGUGUCACUAGUACUUCUCCACAUACACUUAGGCAUAUAGGCUCUCAACCAAAACAAAGCAUGAACUUUUGUAAUUGUCACCC